AUGCCAGCUAUUACCUGCGCUUCUUCAACAGUUCAUCUAUCUGGUUCACCUGCGACUUCACCAACCACUCCCACCGCUUCUACCGUCGUCUCUGACCCAUCCGUCACAGCUGUUUCCACAGGUAUGGCAACUCUGUCAAUCAACCCUUGCGUGAGAACGUUGAUCGUAGACGACAACGUAAUCACCGCAAGGAUGCUAUCAAAGAUCCUCUCCAGAGAAUUUGGACACAACACGACUUGCACCGUGAGCGGAAAGGAAGCGCUCGAACGGCUAUCCGACGAACCUUAUGAUAUCAUAUUUAUGGAUAUCGACAUGCCUGAGUUAUCAGGUAUUGAAACGACCAUCGCAAUACAUGCCGCUGGCUCAACCGUCCUGGAAAAGAAUCGACAGAUUCCGAUAAUUGCCUACACGACGAAUCCCUGUGAAGAACGAUACUUUGAGGCGGGGAUGAAUGGAUGGGUGAGCAAACCGGCCAAUCAAUCGAUGGUCCGAAAAGAACUGGAACGAGUGUACAGUUCUCCGACAAGGGCGAACAGGAAUUAA